CAAAAUGCGGAAGUUGUUUCGGAAACCGCACAGAAAAGUGUCAGAAAAAUUGAGCAUGUGAUCAAAUCUGAGAAGCGAGUGUCAGGAAUAGAUAAGAAGCCUGCGGCGUCUGUCCCCAAAGUGGAAAGAAGAAAGAAGUCGGUUCUUCACAAGGAUGGUAGUGUGACCCUAGAGCAACCAUCUACCAGCUUGGAUACCACGCAUACUUUUGCCAAAGAAACCUCACAGGUUCGGCUUGCUAAGGUUAAGGAGGUAAAGCUACAGAAUAAGCUGGAAGUAGCUCCCACCGCAACGUCUUUGCCCGGAACAUCAUCAACGGUAGGGUUGUCAACAUCGAAGACACCAAAAACGACGAAGAAACGAAAAAGUCCUGUGAUAGAGGCGCAAAAGACUGUGUUUGUUAGAGUUGCGGUUGCGCUUAUGGCCCCUGCCAAGGGACUUGCUGUUGAGAGCCAACUCCCUCCCAAAAUCGCCGAAAAGGCUUCAUUUGCGUGCUGUGCACCUCUAUUACAAGAUCCAAGAAGGUUAGAACUGUUCACCGACACUGGGUUAGAUCUACUUGCUGAGGUUGCAGUAUCUGCUGCGUCACCUUUGCGGAAGAAUUUUGAACCAAUUCACAAGGAAUCUCAGAGCACCCAUGAGCUGCAGAAAGAACAGCGAAAGGGAAGAAUACCUGAAAUAAUCCCUCUAGAGUUCGAUGAGGUGAUGUCAUUAGAACCAGAAGCUGUUGAAGAAGAGUUCAUAAUCUAUGAUGAAGUUCAAACGGAUGGUAGAAGUGACAGACCGGAAGAAGAGAAUUUGACAAUUAGGAAAGGUCGUAGAAGUCGUAAAACUGCUCGCACUUCCAUAGAUACUGCCAUACGUAAUGAGAGAAAGCGAAAGAUAUAUUCACCAGAACCUGAGUUAGCAGAAACCCCAAAACGAAGAAGAUCGAAAGCAAUCGCGGAGCGCACUGAGACUUCUUCUAUCAAAAAAGAUGUUGUUAAAGCUGCAGCUUCUCGCGCUAGAGGAAAGCGAAAAACAGCAGCAUUUGUGGAGGAUUUGAAUGAUCUCGUGAUAAGCGUGGAGCCUCCAAGACCUUUAGAGAUAACAGAAGUGCAGGAGGAUGUGCAACCAAGAAAAUCUAAGCGUAGAAAGACUGUCGAGCCAGUAACUGCCCAAGUGGCCACUGUCGAUGUUGAGGAAACCACAGCUAGACGCAGGAGAACGAUCGCAGCCGGAAAGCCGACUACUAGAAAAGGCACUGCAGCCGACAGAUCCGUUCUGGAAGAUCUAUUGAAGGAGAUACCCGUACUGAAGAGAUCUACACUUGCACCGAUCACAAAUUCCACACCUUCGACCUCAUCAGCUCAGUUAGAACCAAGGUAA